CCCAAUCGCUCUUCAUAUCCUGUAAACAGUGAAGCCAGCUGGAGACGCUAUCUUCUGCUUCCGGGUCACAACUUGACAGCCACUUUCACCACUCAGCUCUGCCUCCGAGGUUCGGCAGUUUGGAGCAUGUGAACAUACUCUGAGCCUUGAUGAGUUCCAGUAUGUGGUAUAUUAUGCAGAGCAUUCAGAGCAAAUACUCUCUCUCAGAACGCUUAAUCCGAACAAUCGCUGCCAUUCGUUCCUUCCCACAUGAUAAUGUAGAGGACCUCAUCAGAGGGGGAGCAGAUGUGAACUGUACCCAUGGCACACUGAAGCCCCUGCACUGCGCCUGCAUGGUGGCAGAUGCUGACUGUGUGGAGUUACUCCUGGAAAAAGGAGCUGAGGUGAAUGCCCUGGAUGGUUACAACCGAACAGCCCUCCACUAUGCAGCUGAGAAAGAUGAAGCUUGUGUGGAGGUCCUCUUAGAGUAUGGUGCAAACCCCAAUGCACUGGAUGGCAACCGAGACACCCCACUUCACUGGGCAGCCUUUAAGAACAAUGCUGAGUGUGUGCGGGCCCUACUGGAGAGUGGGGCCUCUGUCAAUGCCCUGGAUUAUAACAACGAUACCCCGCUCAGCUGGGCUGCCAUGAAGGGAAAUCUGGAGAGCGUCAGCAUCCUUCUUGAUUACGGUGCCGAAGUCAGAGUCAUCAACCUAAAAGGCCAGACGCCCAUCUCCCGCCUGGUGGCUCUACUAGUCAGGGGACUCGGAACAGAGAAAGAAGACUCUUGCUUUGAGCUUCUCCACAGAGCCGUUGGGCACUUUGAAUUAAGGAAGAAUGGCACCAUGCCACGGGAAGUGGCCAGAGACCAGCAGCUGUGUGAAAAACUGACUGUUCUGUGCUCAGCCCCAGGAACUCUAAAAACACUGUCUCGCUAUGCUGUGCGCCGGAGUUUGGGACUCCAGUAUCUGCCAGAUGCAGUGAAGGGCCUUCCACUGCCAGCCUCUCUAAAGGAAUACCUGUUACUUGUGGAAUAGGCCCGAGAUGUUUGCACCAGGCAGGCAACUCCGGGUGAGAUUUUUCCCUGUGGUACUGUCUCUUUGUCUUGAAAAACAGGAAAAGCAGUUGUUCCUGUUGUGUGGUUUGUAUUUAGAGGCAACAAGUCACAACAGUAACCUCCACACCAUCUUCCCUCCCCAAACCAAGCAACCAACCAAAAAAAAAAUCCCUCACUUUUGUUUUCUGUUUAUUGCUUACUUGGCUUUUUAUAUUGUGCCCUGCAAACAAAAAGGUCUCCCCCUACCCUCCCCUUUAGGGAAAAAGUCAACAAUGCAACUAAAUUCUCUAGGAAGAUGAAGAGUAUUUAAAGAAUGUGUGUUUAGUUUUCCUUUGAGAACAUGAUUAACAUUUCAGAAGAAUCCCACUAGAAACAUUUUAACUGGGCAGUGAAGAAGUCUAAGAAAACUCCAGCUAACAAAUGUGGCCCAAAGAUGAAGAUAUUACAAGCUCAAACAGUGUGCUGAUCCACAGUUGGGCUGGAUGGUAUUCCUAGAGUGCCAGGUCCUGGAGCAUGCAGACGGGUCUGGCCCGCCCCCAAUCAAAGGACACAGCAGUCUUUGCCUCUUUUCCUUGGGUGUGCCUGAGGGUUCCAGUAGUUCAGCAGUGUUAUUUCAGAACUAACAUUUUCUUGCUGUCUCCACAUAGUAGAAGAAAUAGCAGGUUCUGAAUAGUCCUAAGAACUGAAGUCCUAAGAACUUUGCGAAUGCAGCUCUUUCUCUUCGUGAAAGCCAGUUUGCUCCAAUGGGCUUAGCAGGUGCCCUGCACCUCGAUGAAGGUGUUUGCUCUAGCAGGGGAGGAGAUGGGCCGGGCUGCAUUUUCCCAUGGGUCAUCUUCAUUUCCCUUUAGGGAGCUCAUGCGACUAAGUUUGGAGUUAUUUUCCUUUCAGUUGUUUGGGAAACUGCUAUUUACUGAUUCAUACAAGACAUUGGGGGAGGCCAGGGCAUGGGGAAAGAACAUUGUAAGAGCUUCUUUUGAGACGGCCCACCUACUCAAAAAAGAACUGUUUUAGUCAACCAUACUUCGUCAACAACAUACUUCCUUUUCAUGUUCCUAAACUAGAUCAAGCUGUUAUUAUCUUGGAUGACCCAGAUGCAAGUUUGAAAAACUUUUUUUUUAAACUGAUUGGGAAGUACAAAUAAAAAAAUGACUGAAAUCUGCU